GGCGGCCUCUCUAGCUCAGACAUGGCGGGCGCAGCGGACGACGUGAUAGCUCAGGUCAACGAGACGCUCAAAGAAGCCGUCAAAAAUGAAACGAGCAAGUUCCAGCCGACUCCCGCAGGUCAGGCAGUCGCCUACACCAGCAUCAUGCUUAUGGCUUUCUUCCCCAUCGUCUUGGGUGCCUUCAAAUCCGUCACACACCAGCGGAAACAAAAGGAGUCGGGCGAAAAACCCGAAACCAUGACGAGGAAGGAUGCUGCCAUGUUUCCAGUCAUAGCCAGUGGCGCACUGUUUGGCUUGUACAUUUUCUUCAAGCUCUUCUCAAAAGAAUACAUCAACCUUCUCCUCACGGGGUACUUCUUUUUACUUGGAGUAUUAGCUCUGGCUCAUAUAUUGAGCCCGGCGUUCAGCCGCAUCCUGCGAAGUCUGCUGCCCAGUGACUUUUAUCGCUGGGAGUACAGGAUCUCCUUCCAGCGGUGGUCGACGACACAGACGGAUGAGUGCGAAGAGUACUUUGACUACCGCUUCAGCUAUGACGACAUAGCCUGUUGGAUCUGCUGCUGCAUCUUCGGAGUCUGGUACCUCUGGAAAAAGCACUGGGUGGCCAACAACCUCUUCGGCCUGGCCUUCGCUAUCAACGGCGUCGAGCUGCUGCACAUCAACACUGUGUCCACCGGCUGCAUCCUGCUUGGUGGCCUCUUUGUCUACGACAUCUUCUGGGUCUUUGGCACCGACGUCAUGGUGACCGUUGCCAAGUCUUUCGAAGCACCCAUCAAAUUGGUGUUCCCCCAAGAUUUCCUGGAGAGCGGGUUUGCGGGAAGGCACUUCGCCAUGCUCGGCCUGGGAGACAUCGUCAUUCCUGGCAUCUUCAUUGCCCUGCUGUUGCGGUUUGAUUACAGCCUAAACAGGCAAAGGAAUCUCUACUUUGUGAGCAGCUUCGUUGCCUACGUGCUUGGUCUGGCGCUGACCAUCUUCAUCAUGAUCUAUUUCAACCAUGCGCAGCCAGCGCUGCUGUACCUGGUACCAGCGUGCAUAGGUGUGCCACUGACCGUUGCACUCCUCAUGGGGGACAUCACAGCCAUGUUCAAGUAUGAAGACCACCCUGCUGAGGAAAAGGCUUUGGGCACUGAUGAACGGCGGGAGCAAGAAAGCGAAAGUGAUAGCGACCAGAAAACGCCUAAGGCUUCGCCAGCGUCUGGGAAAAAAAAUACUAGGAAAGACAAGUGAAGUGCAUCAUCGAACUAGGAAAACACGGCCAUGGAAAACGCUUUAGAAGCUGUAUUAAAUUGAGGACACUCUCUUCAAGGUCUAAGCAGUACAGGAAGUGCGGCCGCCGCAAGACGUUGUAACGACACAUUUCAAUCUACGAAGGAAAAGGAGUCGAGACUAAAGUUUUUUGAGCAGUUGCAUUAGGAAUAUUUUGGGGAUUCAGUUCGCAUGGCCAGGUUUGUUUCCGUUGACAUUUGGGAGCAUGUGUUACGAUGCUGACAUGAUGCCAUGUGCGGCGAGUGUCCAUGCGCAUGGCAGUUUUGCGAAUUCAUUGGUUGUGUUGUAACCAACUUGCGAAGCUGAAAUUGCUGUUAUGAAGGGUUUGUCUUAGCUGAAAAGUCUUGGCAUUUGCCGAAAUGAUUUGGGAACGCGUGGGGCAGUCUUUGCCUUAGUUUGUUGUAUCCUUAUUUGCCCCUUUUUUUUCACAUUCUGGAAGAUUUCUCUGCGUUGUAAGGCCCGGUCUCGACAACUGUUUGGGUGUUCUGUUGUGCAUCAUUCCGUUGACCGAGCAGCUGAGAAACUGUUAUAAGCCGAGCCACAUCUCAACUUGAGAGACAGGUCGUAAAGCCUGAACACUGAAGAAAACGCAUUUGGCUCAUAAGAUAAUUUAUUACGACAUUGAGACUAAGUGACAAUAAAUUCCAUAAUAAAUUUGGCUUGUUUACAUGUCUGUAUAAACGUUCAUUUCAUAAACGUUUGUGUUCCAUCAAAACAUGAGUAUUUCGACAAGUCCACCAUCACGAGGAUGAAUUUUUUUUCGUUUUUGGUACGUCGUGUUUACCGUUCAUAGAUAAAAUAAAAAAUUUCCUUGUGGAGCAGAAUAUUUUUAUACCUCAGUCCAGAGUCCAAAUGAAACCCAAGGUUGGAAUAAUUGACGAGCAUUGUUGUCUUAUUACUUGAUUUUGUAAGAAAAAAUAGGGUGACGGUACCACUUGUCUUUUUUGGUUGUGCGCUUUCCAGCCAAAGAGAAUAAAAGAUCUUUCACACCUGUUGGGCA